AUGGCAUCGCACCUUGAAACAACCGAUGUACCGCUACUUCACAGCCCACAAUACGUUACGGUACGUGGAAGGUUGCAACCGCUGGUCCACACGUACAAUCAAUCCUAUCAUCGGAGUAUUAACCUGAGAUCAGGCCCAAUUUUAGCGGUUCUCAUACAUUCUCUCUAAGGGCUACCGCUAAAAUUGGGCCUGAUACAAACUCUCGCACGUUUGAGCUCGUUACGGCCAGAUUUUGGCCGUAACGCUGAUUGGCUGUUAGAACAAUGCCGCAAGAUCUGAUUGGCUGUCGGAAACGCCGGAAGUUGAAAGCGCUUAUUUCUAGCGUAGUUGUAAUCGUGAAUAAUCCGCCGUCGACGGAGAGAAGGAUCGAUUUUGCUGUCUUUUUUGUUUUAUGGUCUUAUGGUAGGAAAAUAUGUCUUAAUAUGUGCCAUGAAAAUUCAGAAAAUUCAUAUGGUUGUUCAUAUCUUCUCAGGAUGUGCUUUAGUUACGGAACUAAUUUGAGUGUAUCGCGGAGUUGAAUCCCUCUGCAAGUUUUUGACCACUAACAAGGUGCCUUUUGAUUUACCAACAAACGAGUGCAAAUCAAAAUACUGUCCAUCUUAAAACUGGUUUCAUUUGAAAGUUUGGUCGGGAAUGACUUCUAUGGAUAGGGUACGCAAGCGGAGGCUCACUGCGAAAGAAACCUCAAUCGCAAACUGUCAAGUAUUAGACGAAAAAUAUCGCAUCGCUGUUCAAGGAAUUUUUGUAGGCAUUAUUAUAAAAGCUGGUGGCGCUAGUCUUAAGGUAACAGACUUGUUGUUUGCCUUCGCUUUUUGUAAGAAAUAAACCAGGAAAACUGGUGUCCUCGCUCGUUGGCUGUUUGCUGUUUGUUUAUUUCGAUUAAUAAAUUUAGCGAGCUUUUUAGACCUGCAGUAAAACAACAACACAACUAAGGAGAACUACAAAGUGUGUUUGUAAUAUUGUUUUUUGUUUUGUUUAUAAGUCAGCUGAGUAUGCAUUUAGUGGCAGAUAAUAUUUACCUGGAUUUAUUAAAAAUAUAUAUUUUUUCGACGUUUGCUUCUCUAGUAAAUUCACAAAUAUUAUUGCAAGUGUACGCACAGGACUAAAUCAGCUGCAUUAAUACACUUGAGAACUCGUUUGGUUUGUUCUGAAAUAAUUUAUAUAUCCUUUGAAAAAGUUCGCGAUAUAUUUCUUCAAGCUUUUUAAAGACUUAUGUACUGGAAAUCGGGAAAAAUUGCCGAGGAAAAUAUUAAGGCAACAGAAAAAUAGAAAUUUCAGUAUGUUAAAUUCGAGCGCUCCUAGCCAAAAUAAUAAAACUAGUAGAACAUCGUGUCACCGUCUUUUCCAAAACUUUUUACCUUCUACCCCAACAGAAAUAACCUUUGAGAUCUCCUUUAAUCUCGCAAGAAGUUAAAUGUGAUUGUGCUGACUGUUUUAUUUUUAUCUGAAAAAAUUAANCCCCCGGAAUGUUAUUAAAAAACGAAACCAAAAUUGAGCCUGAUCUCGGGUUUCCGGAGGAUUGGGAUGGCCCCCCCCCAAAGCACAAAAAAAACAGGGCCCGGGGGCUUGGACAAACCCUACGGCCCGCCCUUGGACCAAAAGACCACCCCCCAACCCCCCCCCCCCCCCCCUCCUCCAGCCCAAAUGUCAAGUGGAUGAUCGCGUACGACUCGACAAGAAAUAUCGGCCCUUCAAAAAAGGCUAUUUACCGGGAUGGACAGAAGAAGUGCUUGUGGUCACGCACAUACGUCGUCAUCCAGUAGUCACCUAUGCACUCAUUGAAUGGGCCGGCACGCCUAUAAAAGGCACGUGCAAGUUACAGUCUACCCAACACGAAUGA